AUGGCUCAUGUGCUGCGAGAAGCAAAAAUUAUUAUCUGGGACGAGUGCACUAUGGCUCACAAAAAUGGUAUUGAAGCUCUAAACAGAUUGCUCCAAGACAUUAGAGGUUGCGACCGAAUUAUGGGAGGAGUAAUUGUUCUCUUGGCCGGUGAUUUUAGACAAACUUUGCCUGUUGUGCCACGAGGAACACGUGCAGAUGAAGUUAAAGCCUGUAUGAAGUCAUCAAUUUUAUGGCCUUCGGUCAAAGUUCUAUCUUUGACCAUCAAUAUGCGUGUUCAUCUUCAGCCAAAUUCGAAAGCAGAAGAGUUUUCAAAAAUACUGAUUGAUAUAGGUGAUGGCAAAAUUCCGAAAGAAGACGGAAGAAUAAACGUGUCCUAUAUUAAUUGUGAAACUGUCCCAGAUUUAAUCACCUUGAUUGACAAAAUAUACCCGAAUAUCGACAAAGCUGGCGACAAUUGUAGUUCAUGGUUAAAGGAGAGAGCUAUGCUCACACCAACCAAUGAACAAGUCAAUUGUAUUAACAACUUUUUGCUGGAGAAACUGCCAACUGAGCAAGUAAGAUAUGAAUCGGUGGACAAAGUGCUGGAGGAUGAAGAAGCUGUCCACUAUCCUGUUGAAUUCUUACGCACUCUCAAUCCACCAGGGAUACCACCUCAUGUUCUUCAACUCAAGAUUGGCAUUUGUGUUUACUGUUUAGUACCUUAUUUGGAAAGCGUGAAUAACUAG